UAAGUGACCUGAAAACAAACUGAGAGGCCACAGAGCUGCAGAAAAUGUUCCGUUUAUGCUGUUGCUGUUUCUCUGGCGAUAACUCCAACAACAAUGAGAGACGGCCUCUCUUGGAUUCCCGACGCUCUGAAGUCAAUAGUGCUGAAUCCGCCAGGCUGAGCCGUUCAUCAGCACACAGCGAUGCACAGACUGUGAGACGGAUUGGACGGCUGGUGAUGAGGCGAGUGUGCGUGCCAGAGCUGGAUCAGAGGUUUUUGGAGAUGGCUGAGACCUUCAACAAGCAGCAGGAAGGCUACGAGGCCAUGGUGCAGCAUAUAAGAAACCUCCAGCAGAGCUGUGACUGUGCCCAUGAUGACACCCUUGCUUUUGCUCAGUGUUUGGGGAAGAUUAGAGAGCAAGAACCAACAUACCAGGUCUCUCUUAAGAUGAAGGGCUACGACUUCUUCCUCAGGGUGUUUCCUGUGUGGUCUGAGGGUGCAGGUGAGGGGAAACCGCUUCCUCCACGUCUGCAGAGGGCUCAGAACGAAAUGAAGGGUGCUUCUGACAGCGCCAGGAUCACCAUUUCAAAGGGGACCACCCUUCAAGAGCUUAUCGGCUGGUUGCUCCGUAGCCAUGAUAAAAUGGCUGAGCAAGUGAAGAAGGCAGCAGAAACUUACCAAGAACAAGGGAGACUUAGUGAGAACCUGGAGGAGAACAUGAGGGAAGUGAGGAGGGCCAAAGAGUUGUCUCAAGGAUACAGACAACAGGCCACGGCAGUUCUCACUGAAGCUGCACAGAUAGCAGGGGCUCAUCUGUAGUGCACAUACCUUUCUAAAAGUUUUGUUUUAACCGACAACAAUGCAGAAGUACAGCAUUUCCAUGGGUUAUACUCUUGAGGUGGUUUGUAACAACUGAAAUGCUACAAAAGCUGUCCAUCUUGUUCUCAUUUUUCGCAAACAAAUGGACAGCCUUGUGAACAUGUACUUGUCUGUCAAAUACACCUUGACUAAUCUCCAUUAAUAUCCCCACCAAUCGUAUCAAGACUGUCAUAUCUCCUUUUAUUAUUUGAUUAUAAUAGAAACGUAUUCUAACACUUUAAAUAGGCCUUCGUGUUUGCAUAGCGAACAUAAAGGGGACCUAUCAUUCUUUUCUGUUUUUUUAUUUUGUGUCAUUACAUUCUGCAUAUGUAUUGUUAGAGUGGUAGAUGCUCAUACUUAACCUGGCUUAAGGUUCUAAUAAUGAACUCUGCAUGUGUGUAACUGUAUAAAAGCCAAAAGCUCAAGCUUCAAACUGCGUUAAAUACUCCAUUUCAGAAAUUGUUUUUCUAGAUUUAGCUUUGUAUGAUCCAUAAGAGAGGAUAUAUCCCUAAUAUGGUCAUAGCUCUGCCCACCUGCUGUCCCAAACUUUUGUUUGGUAGGAAAGUCAAAGUCAAAUGUAUUUAUAUAGCACAUUUAAAACAACAACUGUUGACCAAGGUGCUGUACAUUUAAGAUAAACAAAAGAUAUAAAAACAUAAGAAGACAAGUCAAUUAGAAAAUACAAACCCAAUUUCCAAAAAGUUGGGACUCUGUAUAAAAUAUGUAAAAUUCAUGACAGAAUACAGAAAACACAUCAAAUGUUUGAACUGAGAAAGUGUGCCAUUAAAAAAAAUUAUUUGAUAGCAGCAAAACAUCUAAAAAAAUAGAGCAGGGGAAAUAAAAUGCUAGAAAAGUAAGUGGCACUAAAAAUAAAGAGAUAGAGGAAUAUUUUGCAACUUAUUAAGUUCAGUGGCAACAGAAAUUGUUCUACAAAUUGUGGAACAAUGUCAGAAUGAUGUUCUUCAAUGUAAAUUGUGAAGACUUUGAAUAUCUCUGUGUAUCUACAGUGCAUAAUACCAUCAAAGGUUUCAGAGAAUCUUGACAAAUCUCUGUGCACAAGAGACAGCUGAAAAUCUGAAUGCACGGGAUUAAACGCACAGUCCUGUCAUGGAAAUCACUACAUGGGCUCAUGAAACACUUCUAGAAAUUAUUGUCUGUAAACAUGCGUUGCCGUGUCAUUCACAAAUUUAAGUUAAAGGCGUAUCAUGCAAAGACGAAGCCAUAUGUGGACAUGAUCAAAAAACCCUGCUGUCUUCCCUGAGGCACUUAACCUGGACUGAAGCAAUGUGGUCAGACAAAUCAAAUCAAAAACAGGGAAGCCCCAUCCUCUGGACUAAAGAGACAAUUGUUACCAGUGCUCAGUUCAAAAGUCUGCAUCUCUGGUGGUAUGAGGAUGUAGGCAGAAAUCUGUGCCAUCAGAAACUGAAUUUGAAUAAGUUAAAUUUGAAUUUGAAUUGUAACUUGAA